AUGACUCAGACAGACAAGACAGAAGAGUCUCCAAUCUUCAGCCAUUUCAUAGGAGAAGAAUCCCCAAUAUUUCCCCCCAAUGCUAGAGAAAGCCCGGCUGUCACUCCCAAUGAACAGAGCACAGACCAAUGGUCAACAAAAGACAGAAGGAAAGUCCCCAACAUCACCAAACGCCAGAAGAUAUCUUGGCAAAGAACCAAUGACAAGAAGUGGGAUAUGUUCGACAACGAUCUUGACAUUAUCCUUCAGACCACUCUCCAAGGUAGGGUAGAAAGGAAAAUCAACAUCUUGACCACCCUAGUCUACUCACUGGGUCUUGAACAAUUCGGCACUGAUGAAAAGGAGAGUCAGCCGAAACCAGCUCCUUACCCAAACAGGAGGGAACGUGAAAAGAAGAAGGUCAGGGAAGAGCUUAAUUCCCUGAUAAAGAGAUACAAGAAGGCCAAUGAAUUCAUCAAGACUCUGCUUGGCGAAGAGAGGGGAGGUAGCCUUCAAAGUGACCAGGAGGAAGUAGCCCAGUACCUAAGAGAAGUCCACUCAAACCCAGAAGGGGCCCAGCCUUUAGGUGACUGUGACAAGAUAACACCUGCCGAUCACCCACAGUUCCCAUUGGACCUGAAAGAGCCAACACUCCAAGAAGUCAGAUAUGUUGUCAAUAAAGCAAGAGCCUGCUCUGCUCCUGGCCCAAGUAGUAUUCCAUACAAGGUAUACAAGAAAUUCCCAAAGCUGCUGAGAAGACGUUGGCUCCUCCUUAGAGCUGUAUGGAAGAAAGGCUCGGUUCCUGAAUGCUGGCAGGCAGCAGAGGUCUAUUUUGCCCCUAAAAAGAAACACUUAAAGAAUGUCAAGCAAUUUCGAAACAUCUCACUUCUCAGUGUCGAAGGGAAGAUAUUUUUCUCUAUCUUGGCAAGACGGCUUUCCAUAUACAUGACCACCAACACCUACAUUGAUACAUCAGUACAGAAGGUUGGCAUCCCUGGAUUCUCAGGGUGUGUUGAACACACAAGUGCCCUCACUCAACUGCUUUACGAGGCUAGAAUAAACAAGAUGAACCUGACGAUUGUGUGGCUAGACCUCGCCAACGCCUAUGGCUUCAUCCCCCACCAGCUUAUCCAAGAAGCACUACAGCAUUACCAUGUACCAGAGCAUGCAAGAAGCCUCAUACGGAGCUACUACAGCAAUAUCCACCUCAGGUUCUCAUGCAAGAGCUUCACAACAUCUUCAUCGCUCAAAAAGGGUAUAGUCACAGGCUGUUCUAUUUUCGUGAUUCGCUUUGUAAUGGGAAUGAAUAUGAUCCUGAGAGUAGGGGAAAGAGAAACACGAGGGCCACUUACCAACACAGGCAUCCGUCUAACCAGCAAACAGAUGAUUCAUGGAUGA